AUGGACGGUGACACACGGAGCCUGUUUCAGCGGGUAGCGGGGAAGCUGGGCUGGAGCGGGCACGGGGGACUGGACUCUGCCGAAAAACAGCUGAUAAAGCGCAUAGGGAAGAAUAGGUGUCCCGCAACCGGAGGUGACGACCCCAGUCCAACUCAGGCUGUUUGUCACCCGAACACACUCCAGCUGUCAGACAGUGACAGCUCAGGGAAGGAAAACCAGCCAGGAAAUGGAGAACAUCGCCCGGACCGGGUCCAGCUGGACUCCAGUGAUGAUGAUUUUGACUUGUUUCUUGCUGAGAAGGGCACACCCAAACCUAAUGCCCAACAGCCCCACUGUCCAGCAGAGAAAACCAGUUCAUCUGUCCAGGUGGUGAGUUCAGACAGUGACAGCAGCUUUGAGAACUUCCUAAGCCGUGUGAAAACGCCCAAGUCCAAGCCAGUGGCAGCAGUGAGGAGCGGCAGCGAUGACAGCCUCAAGCAUUUCAUCGUAAACAGCUGCUCCUCUGACGAUGACUUUGUCACAGAGAAAAAGAAGAAAGCUGCCCCCAAAAGCGCCUCCAAGACCCCCAGGCCUGCUCUGACUCCAGGCGCCUCCAAGACCCCCAGGCCUGCUCUGAGACGCCCCCCUUCUCAGUGGGACUCCCCCGUCUUCCUCAGCGACAGCGACGAGGACGAGGGCGUGGUGAUCAGGAGCACCUGGAAGUCUCGUCACACGCCCCGCGGGCCUCGCGCAGGGGGGCGGCAAGAGGAGAGCAAAUCCGCCCUUCCUGCCCCCCAGGCCCCUCCCUCCUCUGCUCCUCCGAAGCAGACCCACCGUGCUCCGCCCCCCCGUGGCGAUUCUGGCAGCUCAGAGGAGGAGUUUCAGUCUCUGCUGGAGAGGCUUAAACGGAACCACAGUGCAGGCAGCAAGAGCACACAGCAGCCAAAUAACAACAGAGUGGACUCGGAGAGCCAGAAGAAGCCCUCUCUGUCAGUGCCCUCAGGGCGGGGUCUGGGUGGUGCAGGCCCACGCCGGGUGGAGAAGGGGGUCCAGGCUGACAGAACCCCGACACCGCCAGUGAUCAGUCGCCCCCACGUCAGCCUGACAGAGCCCAGAGCCACGCACAGUAGCAGGCUGGCUGUGUGCAAGACCCCGGGCUGCUUCCUGCAGUCUCUGUCAGAUCCUGGGUCUGUGUACUGCCGCAGUUUCAAACAGAAGAAGGAGGAUCUCACCAGCAGGCUCUACCAGCUGUACAACAGCAGCGUCUUCGACAACAAGCUCCCCUCUAACAUGUCUGUGACCUGGAAUAAGAAGAUGAGGAAGACAGCGGGCUACUGCAUCACGGGACAGGAGCGAGGAGGCAGGAAUCGCUACGCCCGUAUCGAGCUCUCGGAGAAAGUCUGCGACUCUGCAGACCGCCUGAGGGACACGCUGGUCCACGAGAUGUGCCACGCCGCCACCUGGCUGAUCAACGGGGUGCGCGACGGCCACGGGUCCUUCUGGAAGCUGUACGCCCGCAAGGCCACAGUGGCCCACCCAGAGCUGCCAAUGGUCACCCGCUGCCACAGCUAUGACAUCAACUACAAGUACCAGUACGAGUGCACCCGCUGCAAGAACACGAUCGGGCGUCACUCCAAGUCGUUGGACACGCAGCGGUUUGUGUGCGCGCUCUGCACGGGCCAGCUGGUCCUCCUCACCCCGGCCAAGCCGCGAGGCGCCACGCCUUUUGCCAGCUUCGUGAAGGAGAACUACGGGUCGGUGCGGCAGGAGCUGGUCGGUCAGAGCCACGCGGAGGUCAUGCGGAAGCUCAGCGCAGACUUCGCCUCCAAGACUCGACUCAGCCAGAGCUGA